AGUGCCAAAUGAUGCCACUAAAUCUCCUGUUUACGGGAAGGCAUUAUUUCUUGCCACUAACCUGUUCCUGCACUGCUCAUCAUGAUGCUGCAGAACUGUCAGACUUAUCUGUUCUGUUACAAUUAGUGAAAAAUGCCAAUCACUUGUUUUAAAAUUUUAAAAGUUUAAUAGCUAAUUUUAAAAGUUUAAUAGGUUAUAAAAAUAGUAAUACAAAUUAGAGCAAUAAGAAUUUGGACAAACAGAGUUAGGACAAUAAAGGACAAUAAAAGCAAAGAAUUACAAAGUUCAGAUGCUUUCUUCUUGAAAGCAUGGCUCACUAACAAAGGAUUAACUCUUAAAAGCAACAGCCUGUUGCAUAUUCAUAUAUCUCAUACAUGAUGCAUACAUUCCUCUCAAACUAGGGAUUUCUCUGGUCACUGUCAGCUUUAAUCCUGUUGGCACCUCAAAGACAAGAAGGAGGUGGAAAAAAUUUUGUCUUUUCCAAUGAGGAGGCCUCUUGGAGAUUUAGGUUGCUGUUAUCUCUGUGCAAAGAAUUUCUUGAGCUGGUUAGAAAAAGUAUCUUUCAUCACAUAGUUCUUAUUUUAGUACUAUGUUAUAGCCUAAAACUAUAUUUAACACACUACUGAAAAGGACUAACACAGUGUAACUUUCUAACAUAACACAUAUAAUAUUAAUUUUAAUAUUUGUGAAAAGCCAAUCAUAAAAUACGCAUUUUUCACACAAUUCAAAAAAAUAAAGUGAAACUAAUAAAAGAGAUUUGUUUGAAGAUUUUAACUGAGCAGUUGAGCAUUUUGGUAUCUUCAGUCUGUUUCAGUGAAUAGCAAUGUUCUGUUCCCAGUUCUUGCUGCUACAUAAUGAUAAGCAACUGCACCUGGCAAUUUGUGUAACACUCUCCAAUCUGUUGAAGAUGAAUGAGCAUUGAUUCCCCGCAGAAAUUUGACUGUAUCCCGAAACACUUUUCAACCAAUAUUUCAAUAUUCUAUUUUUAUAUGAAAAUACUGAAGAAAUGUUCUUUAAAGUGAUCAUAGGCCUAAGGUUUUCUAAUUUAAGAAGAGCCCUGCUUAAUCUACAUGUUAAAGCCAAUUGUUGAAAAAGUGUCUUUAUUUUUUCAUGAGGGUAUCCUUUGAAAACCAAAGUAAAUUCCAAGAGAUUUAUUUCCUCCAUGCAGACAAAAAUGAUGCUUUUAUCUUGACUGGCCAUGAAAGAAAGGUAGAAUUACCAUCAAAAUCACAUGGGUGAGGGUAUAACCUAAAGCAAAAUUAGUGACCAGUCCUGACUUGCAGCCCAGAGCCAAGCUUCUUCUUACAUUCCCUUUCCUAUUAGCAAUCAACAAAUGCAGAAAAUUCAAUAAAAUGGUUGUCACCUUCAUAAAGUCAGGAAGACUUUCCUUUAUUUUACAACAUGGUCAGGCUCGCUGAAGGGAUGGUAGAAUGAAGUUCUAGCACAGGAAGUGUAGACAAUCCAAGAGUUAGACAUUCCAUUGGAAAUAGUGAAAUAAUACAAGCAAGGCAACAGAAUUGCUAUUCCAAGAUAACCAGCUCUUGAACACUCCCCACAGUUCUUCCCAAUAUUGCUAUAGAAAAUCGAAGGUAGCUAUAAAUAGUCUGUCAAAAAAACCCAAAGUAACUCAAUUCACAGACCGUCUUGGGACCAAAACCAGAUGGUCAUGGAUUUUGGGAAAAAAAACCAAACCAAAUAAUUUAGAGUGUGUAUGUCCUUUGUGGAAAACACUUGCCUAAGCAGAUAUUAUUUUGCUAUUUUGGUAAUUUACAGUAGGCUCAGGAAAGGGCUCUGCAGUCACUGGGGUCUCUUCAGGACAGGUGGCUGCAAAAAUCUCUGCAACAAAGCAUUUAAAAAUUAACCUGAUAACUCAAAGUUCAUGAUGAAGCUGUGCAAGUUAUUUUCAUGACGUAAAUUUGGUACAACAUUUUUCUAAACUACUUAUACAGGGUAGUUUUUGAUUUCAGGGUUGCAAAGGAGAUUUAUUGCACUAUUUACUGCAGACUACUGAUGAUCUGAAACUAAGUAAUUAAUGACAAAUGUUGUGUUUUGAGCAUGGUAGCAGUAAUAUUGUUGUGGUGUAUGUUUUUGAUUGUAAUUCAGUCCUAGUAGUUUUUUUAAACCUCCCCCCCCCAUUUUGUAUUGUUAUAGCAUAUUUUAUUGCCAGUGGAUUGUUCCUUUCUCCCCUGUGUUGUUUGUUUUGCCCUGUGUUGUUUUUUGUUGAUUUGCUCUAGUUGUCCAUCUCCCCAAAGACAUGCCCUUUUGUUCCCUGUUCCUCCUCCCACUGAAUGUCAGUCCCUCCCCAAGCCUGCCCCUUUCUCUAGAAACUUCCCUAUCAAUUUUGUACCCUUCGAAACCCCAUGGGUUUGUUCAAGUUAUUCUCCUCCCCUGUAAUCCCCUAUCGGUUUAAAUAUUGUAUUCCCCGCCUUGUGUUCCACCCUCAGUUUCUCCCAAUUGGCUAAAGAUUGUACCCUCCCCUGGGACCUACCGCCUUUAUAAGUUGGUGUGUGGCUUUGAUUUAGUGUCUUUCUGUCCCUGGCAGCUGUCUGGGGGUGGCUCACUCUCUCUGAUGGUGUCAGGAACUACUCAGGCAGAAGAAAUCCAGCAGAGCAGCAUAAUAUGAAACCUUAGAUCACGAGGCCAGAACUUGUUCAGAGUGAUUAUGUGAAUAUCUCUGUGUAAGUGUGUGGGCACCUGUGUGUAUGAGUAUAAUUGGUAGCAUAUUUAAAAGACCUGCUUGCUUGUCUUGGUUUUCUUAUCUUCCUUUGUGGUUUACAGGAUCUCUUGACAUAAAUGUCACUAAACAGGACAUGGCAGUGAUUAUUCUUUAAAAUGUCUGGAAAUAAUAUGUGUUUUUUCUGACACUUUUUGUCUUUCUUCUUUGUGCAGAUCAUGGAAGGAGAAGAACUACCUUGGCUUUUGGUAAAUGAAAUUGGUGGCAUACGUGGGAUAUUGCAUAGCCAUGUUCCAUUCCUGAAGAAACAUUUCCACCUCAUCACCAUGAAGGAAUUUCUUGAAAACAGAAAGGAUGUAGGCAAAAAGGUCCAAGCAAUCUAUUUGUGGUGGCACAAACCAGUCAUCGACAAAGAGCUCCUCCAGAGCCUACCAAACUUAAAAGUGAUUGCGAAUUCAGGGGUGGGGAUGGAUCACUUGGAUCUGAAGCUUAUAGCUAGCUUUGGUGUGAAGAUGGCUAAUGCUCCACGUGCUGUUUCCAGCACCACAGCAGAUACUGGGAUGGCUUUGCUGUUAGCAUCUGCUAGAAGACUUGUGGAAGUCCAUAACAUUUCAAUUUCUCCAAGUAUGGACUACUGUGAAGCUGAUAUUCUGGGAGUUAAAGUUGCCGGAGCUACUCUGGGGAUCAUUGGCAUGGGCCGCAUUGGCUAUAAGAUUGCUGUGAGAGCCAAAGCAUUUGAAAUGAACAUUUUGUACCACAACAGGACACGGAGAAAAGUGCAAGAGGAGCAAGCUGUCGGUGCCACUUACUGCAAAAAGAUAGAUAGCUUGCUCCAGCAGGCAGAUUUUGUGAUGCUGGUGGUGAGCCUGACACCUCAGACACACAAGCUGAUCGGGAAGAGAGAGCUGGAGCUGAUGAAACCCACAGCUACCCUCAUUAACAUCAGCCGAGGUGCAGUAGUUGACCAAGAGGCGCUGGUGGCAGCUCUGCAGACCGGUGUUAUCAGGGCCGCAGCUUUGGAUGUCACCUCCCCAGAGCCACUGCCCAGAGAUCAUGCAUUGUUAAAAUUAAAGAACGUCAUUAUAACACCUCACCUGGGCAUUAAAACAGACAAGGCCACAUACAUGAUAACAGAGGAAGCAGUUGAAAACAUAUUAGCAGCCCUGAAUGGUCUCCCCCUACCCAGUGAAGUGCUCCCUAGCUGAUGUGUGAAAGGAUAUUGCAUGUCUUUUUAUUCUUCUCUUUGUCUUUUUAUUCUUAUCUUUCCCCUGCACAUCAGCUCUAAAGAUCUUGUUAAAUACAAGAAUGUCCAUACACCUCACUAAAGCUUGGAAGAAAACAGUG